UCUAAGUGGGCAGCAGCUGGCACUUGUUGUUGUCAUCAGCUGUGUUAUGUUUAGACGCUAGUUCCAUCCAUUCCCAGCCGCCCUUAGCAAGUAUCCAACGCAUCACACAAGUUGGCUACGUGGAAGACACUGCACCUGCAAUAUGGUGCUGGGAUGCCUGCCAUGCUGCAAUCACAACGGCUACCAGCAGAUCGGGAACACGGGUCCUCGGUUCGGAGUGCGUCAUCUGCAAUGCAUCCUGGUGUUUUUCGGACUGGCCGUGGCCUACUCCCUUCGCGUGAAUCUCUCCGUGGCCAUUGUGGCCAUGACGGAUCGCAAUGCCAGCAAUCCGGAUUUUCCUGAAUUCGACUGGAAUGAGAGUACAAAAUCUUACCUGCUUAGUAGCUUCUUCUGGGGCUACGUGGUCACCCAAAUACCUGGAGGUUACUUAUCCGCCAUUUACGGUGCCAAGUACAUGCUCUUCUACGGCGUGCUAAUCUGCUCCUGUUUGGCCUUGCUAACACCGUUUUGCGCCGUAAACGGUGGCUGGAAAUUGGUGGUUGUGCUCCGAGCGGUGCAAGGACUCUGCCAGGGCGUCAUUUUUCCCUCGACACAUACGUUCCUAUCGAAGUGGGCGCCGGCUGAGGAGCGUGGUCGACUGGUGGGCUACACCUACUCGGGCUCCCAGUUUGGCACCGUCGUAAUGCUGUCAGUCAGCGGAUACAUUGCCUCAUCCUCACUGGGCUGGCCCAGCACCUUUUACAUACCCGGAUGCGUCGGUAUCGUUUGGUCAUUCGUGUGGCUAUACCUGUGCUCUAGUACGCCGGCGCAACACCCAACGAUAACGCCAAACGAGCGAAGGUUCAUUGAGUCCUCUGGGCAGACGAGAAGACCAUCGGAUGCAGGACGCGAGGAACAGCCACGUCCGCCGACUCCAUGGUGGCGCAUCUUCACCUCCAUACCUUUUCUGGUGCUCGUCCUAGCGCACUGUGCUAACAAUUGGGGCUUCUGGACUUUGCUUACGGAGAUUCCCACCUUUAUGAAGAACGUUCUCGGCAUGGACAUUAAGAAUAAUGGACCGCUUUCCGCGCUACCCUACUUCGCCAUGAUCCUGCUUACCUGUGUUUUCAUCUGGUUGUCAGACACACUGAAACAAAGAGGAACAGUAAUCCCCUUGGGUUUCUCCAGGAAGUUCUUCAACACGCUGGGUAUGUGGCUUCCCAUGCUCGCACUUAUCGGACUGGGAUACAUCACCGAGGGUGAGGCCAAUGUCCGGCUGGCCAUUGGAUUACUAACCGCUGCGGUGGCCACCAAUUCAGCCACUUAUCUGGGCUUCCAUGUAAACCACAUCGAUUUGUCACCGAACUACGCGGGUACACUAAUGGGCAUUACAAAUUGCGCGGCCAAUUUUAUGAGCAUACUGGCACCCCUGAUUGUGGGGCUAAUAGUCUGGGAUGAGACAAAUCCGGCGCAAUGGCGAAUAGUAUUCUUCUUCACCGCGUUUGUUUACUUUAUUGGGAACCUACUGUUUAUGCUUUUCGGACGCACAAGGGUUCAACCGUGGAAUAGUCGCCCCACAACGAGAACUCCUUCGCCUGGAGGAGGAGGAGAGCGGGAAGAAGGUACUGAGGAUCGAGGUCCGCUCAUUGGCGCAUAAGAAAUAAGACAAAACGUGGCCUAAGGAUUGGUUGUAGAUGUGAAACAUUUGUACCUUGAAGGCGAAGCAUUCCUUGGAAUUGAUGAAUCGCAAUUAGUAUCGUAUUACUAGUUAUACACGCAACACAUAUUUAUGUCUACAUAUAUGCGAAAUAUAUAUAUAUACAAUUUACGUAUAAAGCAUUAAA